AUGGUUUUGUUAAGUCAAGAGGGAAAUCACAACAUUGGUACCCAAUGCAGGAUUAAUGAUGAGACGGAAGAGACUGCCCGACAAGAUUUUGCUCGAGCAACUGGUCUGGAUGUUCGCUAUGUGAUGUACCUUCGUCAAGAUGAAGUUGAUGCCUUGAUCAAGAAGACUGCUGGUGAUGAUAUGAACGAGUGCUUGAAGUUGAGGCAUCUCUGGCAAACAUGCUCUGCGACUAAGUCGACUACUGAGUCGAGCCGUGGUGACACUGCUAGUAUUGCCGAUUAUCAUUUUGAUAAGCAGUCCUCGGCUGACGAAGCUACUAAUGUUAAACAACAGAGUAAUGAGCUCAUUGGCGACUACAUUGGUCGACUACGAGAAGGUGUUAUGGAGGGUAAAUGUAUUGGCCUUACGAUUACACAGGAUGAGAUCUUGGAUAAGUUCGUUAAGGGUCUGAAGCCCAAUUACCAGAAAGCAGUCAAGGCUACCUACUCUCACAUAAGAGAUGUAAACGAGUUGUGCUCUGUGCUUAGUCUUUGGGAGAAUGCAAACAUUGACUCUUCAGUGAAUGCUGUUGCUGAUGAAGCAGGAGAUCUUGGAGCUACGGUAUCACCGCCGACGAUUAAUGCUACGUUGGAGGUGGCGAAGAACUCUCCAUCUGAGGUGAAAGGAGAGAGACCCACUCGAUCUAGAGGGCCUCUCAGGUGCUGGCAUUGUAGUGGUCCACAUCUACGCCGUAAUUGUCCCGUGCUGAGGUCAAUGAUACCUUCUGCUACACCAUCACUGUCACAGCCGAUGGCGAAUACAAGUACAGAGUCGGGACAGUGCAAGGAUCCUGCUGCUACUUCCAGUAAGGAGGUUGAGAAGGAUGGUGCUAAGAUUGGUGUAAGUUCUCAAAGCAAGAGCUUUGAGAAAUUAACUGUCGUUAAUGAUGUUCUGGCCCUUGCAGGAGACAGUGCUUGUACUGUAAGGUUGGUGAUUCGUCAAGUGGAGGGAUUACCUGGCUAUGCUGCCAGACUUCCAGCUCUACUUGAUACUGGUGGCCAUGGAUCUGCUUAUAUGAAUGCAAAUGUGUUCAAGGAUAUGGUCAAAGAAGAAAUACUUGACGGCCAUCUUGAUCCAUGUGGUAAUGUGACUUUUGGUAAUGGAGAUUAUGCUCGAGUUUUGGGUGCUUUUAGUGUGAAUAUUGAGGACGAGGUCAAGCAUGUAAUUGUGGAUCAUGUUGAGGUCAAAGUUAUUGAGGGGCUGUCGCCGGAUUUUAUAAUAGGCAUUGAGACUAUUAGGCGCUCAGUGGAUCUGAAGCGGAAGCUGAUAGUAUGUCUUGGUGAUGAACCCGGUAUGAGCUCUGGUUUGGCCCAGAUUGUAUUGCCUGAUGGGAAUGGUGAUAAGCUUGAUGUUCUGCAUCCUCUAGAUGUAAGGGACAAGUGCUCCAUUCAUCAGAGUGAGUCAGGGUUUACUGUCUCGUGUCCUGCCCUCAGUGGUAUCUCGGUGAUGCCAUUCACUGAGCCCAGGCGGAAGCGUAAUCGCACUCGAGAGAUAGCGAUCCACCGAAGGCUCUGUAUUGCAGCUAAUGAGAAGAAAUUUCGAGCGGCAACUGUCAAGGAGGCUAUGGUGAUCAACGAGGUAGUCUUGGUUGAUAAGAAGGCUGGUUCUAAGGACUCAUCACUGACUCAGUCCGAUAUCUGCUCGAUGAGUGAUGAACAGAUUGAGGCCCGUUUUAGAGUGACCUUGGAUCUUAGAAGACUUAAUGCUAUGCAACUGGUUCCGAAAACGGCUCCUGAUAAAUCGGGUGGUUAUGUGUGGGUUAUGAAAUCUGAUGUCGCAUCAAUUCCUAGGAGGAGUGGUGAGGUUACUCAGUCUCAGGAUGGGGCUCUGAUCAUUUUGCGAUUGUGGCCGCCAUCGAUGAGAAAGUUCUUUGUUAAGAUUGACCUAAGUGAUGCCUUCUCAUCCGUUCAUCUGGAUGAUGAACUUUGGCCUCUCUUUGUAUGUAGGACUAUUGAUGCCAAUGGUGUGGAGUGUCUAUGGGUGUGUACUGUAUUACCACAAGGAUGGCGAUACAGCCCGGUCCUAUUCUCAAGGGUGGUGGGGUCGGUUUUGGAAGAGGCCCGUAUCAUCUGUAAGAAAAUGGGACUAGCCGUGAGACUGAUCCAUUUUCAGGAUGAAAAUGGAGCCUAUUAG